UGCUGCAUGACUGUGUUUAUUUACUCGCCAGCCACGCCAUCGAGCCGAUAACUAUGCCAAACUUUGUAUGGCAUAUCUACCCACUCACCGCUAUCCGUUGAUGUCAAAAUUUUCCAAUCCGUCUGCGUCCUCAUUCGGAAAACUGGGGUCAGCUGUUAAGAGGGCCCCUUUCGUUUGUGGUUAACGAGACAUGCAAAACGGCACCGCGAAUGGCACCUCCCACCAAGAUGAUCGUGUGACUUCCCAACCGGACCCCGACACCCACGAACAACCUCCGCCCGCCAAUUCUACCGAUCCUGUGACCCGCGAUUCGAUCCCUUCCGAGCUUAAAAAUGAUCCAGUCCCAACAACCGAGCCCGAGGGGCCUCCAUCGAAGAAGCGGAAACUUGGCGGGUCCCGAAGCUCCCUUUCCCGAGCACCGUCGCCUCCCUGGAAGAAAGCUGGUGUCGAUGGACCGACAACGUUCAUUGAAAAUGGAAGGCGCAAAUCUUCCCGAGUCAAUUUGAGCAUGCAACCCCCGUCCGAUAAGAAACCAACGCAGGAGGUGCCAAAACACUUUACGGGUAAGAACGGUGUUGGGGGAGCAAGGACGGCCACGUCCUCGCCGUUGCAGCUGGAGAGGUUUGGGAAAUCUCGUGGGAGCAAGGCUUCAGCAAACGGAUCGCCAUUGACUUCGGGUAUAACAAGGGGAACAAAUGGUCGGAGUAAACGCGUCUCACAGUCUCCAUUGCCGAAGCAAGUGCAUUCACGGACAAGGUCACGGAGUUCUGGAGUUCACGGGCCUCUCAGCGAGAGCGUCAACGGCUCCAGCCCGAAUGCAGGUCGGUCCCGCCAGUCUCCGUCGACGCCUAGUAGGCUGGAUGACAUAGAAAAGGGUCUUUACGGCGAUCAGGACCAAGAUGAUGAAACUGGACAGCGAGUUCCGAGAUUACGGAUCAAGGUUAAGAAGCCUUCCCUUAGUGCGCAGCAUCCGUCUCAUGUUUUACUACCGCGAAAAUACGGAUCGUUUCGGGAAUGGCUCGAGAGCGAAGAUGCGAAAUUCAAGGACGAUGGAAUUCUUACAUCUGCAGAAGCUGCAGGGGAGGCUGAGAAGCGGCGUCGGAUACAGGAGGCCGCGGAACCUGGUGGUCUUCUAAGUGAAGAGGUUUGCUCCGCAUACCUUCCGGAAGCGCAAGAGGAGCCUCCACCGCAGUAUUCCCAUCAAGAUCACCUCGCCGCGCAUGCCUUGUAUUUCAAAAAACUUCUCGACCAGGAACAUCGACGGCAUCGGCACACGGCCAAACUUUUCGCGCAAUGGUGUGCGGAUGCAUGGAGGAAGCGAAACAAGGACCCGGAAGAUAUACUGCGAGAGCAGCAGGAGGAGAUGCGCGGCAAACGCAAGCAACUGGCUAAGGAUCUUCAGAAAAUGUUCGACCUUGCCCGAGCAGAAGUGGAUCGGAUGCGUUUGGCGCAUUGGGAGGAAGAGCGGAAGGUUGAAGACCAGCAGGCCCUAGAUCGUGCCAUCAAACAAUCCACGAUGCUUUUCGAAAAGAGGCGACAAGAGAUCCUCGGUGAAACAGGAAGCGACAUGCCCGGUUCAAGUGAAGGCGAAGAAGCCGAAACAGAUGAUUCAUCCGAUGACAAUGCGGAUGAUGAAAGCAAUAUGUCCGAUUCUGAUUCCGAAGAGAGCGCUGCUGGGGUCGACGAUGAUGAGGGCUUGACAGCAGAAGAACUUCGGCGGAAAUACGCUAAUAUCCCAGAAAACCGGGCAUCCGUGGAAUCUGCAGAGAUCACUUUGCCAGAUGAUGAUGGUACUCCCGUUGACCUUGAGUCAUCAGCGGAGCAGAUGGAAUUGGAUGAAGUUGAUCCCAUGCUCAUGGAUGAUAGCGACGCGUCAACCGAUAUGGAUGACGACAUGGGGGAUAGUGAAGAAUCUGAGGAUACCGGUUCUGAAGAGGAGGAAGACAAUGACGGUCCAGGGUUACUGGGCUUUUUCUCUUCGAAAGACAUAGAAGUGGAUAAUAAUGGCGGUGAUGAUGAUAACGUUGAUGUUCAUGGUGAUGACAGCGCAGUAGUUCCUAAUUAUGAGGAAGAUGAGGAUGAGGACGAGGAGGAUGAAGAAGAGCCCGAAGAUGCUGAUGAAGUCUUUCUCGUUCCCAACAACGCCCCUGCAGAACCAGAAGCUAUUUUCCAAGAUAUCAUCCCACAUGAUUCUCCUGACGACACACCACUACCUCCCCCGUCUGCUACCCCCGAACCAGCCAAAGAACCUAAACCUGAAUCCGAUCCUGUACCAGUACCAGAAUCCGAACAAGAGCAAGAACUCCCGGAGACUGAAAUGGUCGAUGCGGCUGUGCCCGCUGAGCAUGAGACACCUCUUCUUGAACCCAAUUCACAUCUUCCUACAGACAUGGAGGUGGACCAUGAUAACGAACACCCUAAACCUCGACAACCAAGCGGAGAAGAGGCUUCUAGUCAAGCAUCUCCAGGUACACUGGCGACGAAGCCAUCUGAUCCCGAGUCCGUCUCGUCUUACGAGGCUCCUCCAGAGCAAAAAGAGGAGAUAGAGGAAGUCGAGAAGUCUGUGCAAGUGACGGGCGGCGAUGGCACAAUACCGCCUGGGAUGAAAACACCCAUCCCGCAGUUGAUCCGGGGAAAUCUACGUGAAUAUCAACACUUCGGCCUGGACUGGCUGACAGGACUAUACUCGAAUCACAUCAACGGCAUUCUGGCGGACGAGAUGGGUCUGGGCAAGACCAUCCAGACAAUCGCGCUGCUAGCGCACCUCGCAGUGGAAAACGAGGUCUGGGGCCCGCACUUGGUCGUUGUCCCGACCAGUGUCAUCCUGAACUGGGAGAUGGAGUUCAAAAAGUGGUGUCCCGGUUUCAAGAUCAUGACCUACUACGGCAACCAAGAUGAGCGGCGGCAGAAGCGGAGAGGCUGGAUGGAUGAUACGAGCUGGAACGUCCUGAUCACCUCCUACCAGCUGGUCUUGCAAGACCAGCAGGUGCUCAAGCGGCGGAAUUGGCACUACAUGAUCCUCGACGAAGCGCAUAACAUUAAGAACUUCCGCUCCCAGCGGUGGCAAGCGUUGCUUACGUUCCGGACGCGUGCGCGUCUUCUCCUGACGGGUACGCCGUUGCAAAACAACCUGACUGAGUUGUGGUCUCUGUUGUUCUUUCUGAUGCCGAAUGACAGCGGCGAUGACAUGGGUAUCGAAGGUUUCGCGGACCUGAGGAACUUUUCUGAAUGGUUCAGGCGGCCUGUCGAGCAGAUCCUUGAGCACGGCCGGGAGACGAUGGACGACGAAGCCAAACGCGUCGUCACUAAGCUCCACACCGUGCUGCGACCAUACAUUUUGCGACGGCUCAAGGCCGACGUAGAGAAGCAAAUGCCAGGCAAGUAUGAGCAUGUCGUCUACUGUCGACUAUCGAAGCGGCAACGCUUUCUCUACGAUGGGUUCAUGUCGCGCGCGCAGACCAAGGAGACGCUGGCAUCGGGGAAUUACCUGUCCAUCAUCAACUGUCUGAUGCAGCUGCGCAAGGUCUGCAACCACCCGGAUCUGUUCGAGACGAGACAGAUUUCAACUUCCUUUGCCAUGCGCAGAUCGAUCGCCACGGAGUACCGGAUCAAGGAGUCACUCGUACGACGCCGAUUGCUCUACGAGCAUCCCCUUGACAAGCUCGAUCUUGACUUUCUAAAUUUAGUCCCCAUCUCGCGGGAGAAUAUUUCCCGCCGACUGGCGGAUGAUAGCACCAGGUUGAUGGCCUACGCUCCGUUCAGCACGCUACGGGAACGACAAUACAAUCGGACUAAUUGGGAAAUGGAGUUCAACGGUUCCACCGCACUGUCUACGCUGGAGUCGUUGGAGAACGACUGCCGAAAGGCGCGGAUGGCCGAGCUAGAACGGUGUCUGUACUUCGAGUCGAACCGUCACGGCCGCCGUCCAGUGUACGGAAACAGUCUUAUCGAGUUCCUCACAGCAGACAGCAAAGACCGACCGACCUCGAACGGUCCGCUGUGGAAGCAGUCCCUGGCGGAUUGGCUAUCGAAUCGAUCCUCUGUGCUCGCCUCGAUGAUUCUGUCUAUUGAGGAACGGUCGCAGAUGAUGGAGGGCUACGUGCAACGCUUUGCCUGCGUCACUCCCGCUGCCAUAGCGGCUGGCGUCACCGAUGCUGCUCUUACACCCAUUGAAAGCCGGUCCCUGACCAAAGCUGAGAGGCUCCCUCCGUACGACCCCUUCCACGAGGCACAGAUGCGCCUGUCUAUUGCUUUCCCCGACAAGCGUCUGUUGCAGUACGACUGCGGAAAACUGCAGCGACUCGACAAGCUGCUUCGCGACCUGAAGGCGGGUGGCCAUCGGGCGUUGAUCUUCACCCAGAUGACCAAGAUGCUGGAUAUUCUGGAGCAAUUCCUCAAUAUCCACGGGCACCGAUAUCUCCGUCUGGAUGGCACAACCAAGGUUGAGCAGCGCCAGAUUCUAACCGAUCGAUUCAAUAACGAUAAUCGUAUUCUGGCGUUCAUCCUGUCCAGUCGGUCUGGUGGAUUGGGUAUCAACCUGACGGGCGCGGAUACAGUCAUCUUCUACGAUUUGGACUGGAACCCGGCAAUGGACAAGCAGUGUCAGGACCGAUGCCAUCGUAUCGGACAGACGCGCGAUGUGCACAUCUACCGGUUUGUGUCUGAAUACACGAUCGAAUCGAACAUCCUCCGCAAAGCGAACCAGAAGCGGAUGCUGGACGACGUCGUGAUCCAAGAGGGAGAGUUCAACACGGAUUAUAUGACCAAACUGGACCCGCGCGAGAUGUUCGGCCAGGAUGACACACUUGACGGCCAUCAGGACGAAGCGACAGCAGCCAUGGACCGGGUGUUAGAGACUCGAGUAAGUGGCGGGCCGUCACGGGGAUUCGAGCAUGUCGAGGACAAGGAGGACAUCGACGCAGCCAAAAACGCACAGAAGGAACUGGAGCACGCGGACGAGGGCGAUUUCGAUGAGCACAACGUGCCUGGACGACGCCCAGGGCAAACAUCGCCACCGGGCACGGCGGGUCCGGAACAGGACGGAACAACGCCUGGGGCCCAGCUUCUGACUACACCGCAAGUGCAUGGACCGGACGAUGAGGCCGCCGUGGAGUUCCAACCGGGUGACAUUGACGAGUACCUGAUCCGAUUCAUGGAGUGGCUCAUGAAGGAUGAGCCACUUGUUUUGCCUGCAGACAAAAGUAAGAAAAAGUCCAAAAAGGGCAAGGAGCACCGUCUCAAACGACGCCGUUGAACACCGUGCAGACCGGAGACGACUCGGGCAACGGCCGUCCUUCGCUCAGGCAUGAGUUUGUUUCUGUCCUGGUGGAUAAACAUGUAAGAUACACUGGCUUGAUUGGUUCUGAGUCUGUCGGAUGGAUCCCGGGUGCUUAUUCUUGUUUGGAAAGAGGAGGGAUCUUAUGUACUCUGUAUGUGAUUGUGAUUGUGAUUGUGUACUGGAGUCUUGCGUGUGUUUGUUUUGUAUGGGCUGAGCAAGCAUAUUGGUGUUUUUCUAUUUGUAUUUUUUGUGAUAUCCAAGCCGAAUCUGGCAUGAAUGAAUGGCAUGAUGGACAGACGGCCUCACGGCACGUCUAAGUGUUGACUUCUCUCUUCUCACUUCACUUCCUCGUAUGUGUUUAGCCAAACCUACCACACUCUGGCUAUACCUGUUUGAUCAAUCCCACACCACU